AGUUUUCUCCAACCUGAUGAACUGCCUGGUGUCGCUGCGCUAGCAAAUCCAUCGCUGCCAGUUCUAGUGAUGUUUUGAGAGUAACAGAGGGGCCUUUCCCCACUGGAAUACAAGAAGACGCCACGAAAAACUCUGCUGUCAAUGAAGUCUACGUUUGAAGGUGCCUAAAUUGCUGUGGGAAUAGACCAGUAGGAUCAACAACAGUUCAAAGUAUUUGCUCAAUGCCCCCAGUCGGCAAGAGGUUUCCAGUUCCCACAUCACAUCCAUGUUGACUGCGGCAGCCUUCGCACCAGGUCCAGGGCUACAAACACCACAACCCCUUUGUUCGUCUGUGGCAAAGAUUCAGCUAAAUUGCAGUGGUUUGUGGAAGGACCAUCGCAUGUUAAAAUGUACAUCCUUGUUUCAGUCUGAAGGAUUGUUUACGCGUUAAAAUGGCUGCUGAAAUGGUAUUUGGAAGAGAGGGGUCUUGAAUCAGUGCUGUAACGUUACUAUACCUAGCAGAGGCCAAACUACAAAUAAGCUACAUAUGCUAACAAAUGAUGUAUUGGCUAGUUACAGUUUUCAGCAAGUUAGCUGCUUAAUUAGCUUUAAUCGAUGGUCGGCUUUUUUGGUAGGUUCCUUCAACAAGAGGUAGGGUGAAGGGAAUUCCUCCCACUUCAAAUCUAUGCAUGCGGUUAAACAAGCAGCCUUUAUUAACACUUUGGUAACAUUACAUUUUCUUAGCCGUUUUGCUUUUGUAAACACAGGCGUAGCUAAGCCUUAUAGUGAGUAUGCAUAACACUCGACCAACAUGCAGGACUUCUUUGUUAUAAUUAAAACAGCCUGAAUAGCCGAGGCUUUCUCCAGCAGGCCCCGGUCUUUUACUCGGCUUGGUCGUCCUGGCAGAAAAAUGGAUCCUGGGGGGAAAUGUAAGACUGAACUCCUUCUUUUUGGACCCAAAUUAGUCACCAACAGCGACCUGCGGGGUAUCAACAGAUACUUGGUGGUCUAUGUUUUGUUUUACUUUGUACUGUUCACUCACGCCUCCCCGGCGAAACCGUGUGACAAGAAUUGCCUAUCUGGAAAAUGUAUCAACGGAUCCUGCAUCUGUGAUCGUGGAUGGGUUGGAGACCAGUGCCAGCAUUGCCAAGGGAGGUUCAAGUUGACGGAGCCCUCAGGAUACCUCACCGAUGGUCCAAUGAACUACAAGUACAAAACAAAGUGCACCUGGCUCAUUGAGGGCUAUCCAAAUGCAGUUCUCCGGUUAAGAUUUAACCACUUUGCCACAGAAUGUAGUUGGGACCAUAUGUACGUCUAUGACGGAGACUCGAUAUAUGCCCCUCUGGUUGCUGUUUUCAGUGGCCUCAUCGUGCCAGAGAUACGAGGAAAUGAGACGGUUCCUGAGGUUGAGACAACUUCAGGCUAUGCACUACUACACUUUUUCAGCGAUGCUGCAUACAACCUGACAGGAUUUGAAAUAUUUUACUCGAUCAACUCCUGUCCCAAUAACUGCUCUGGCCAUGGGAAGUGCACCCCUGGUAACUCAGCCGCCAGCAGAGUGUACUGUGAAUGUGACAAGUACUGGAAAGGCGAGGCCUGCGACAUCCCGUACUGCAGGAACAACUGCGGCAGCCCCGACCACGGCUACUGUGACCUCACUGGGGAGAAGUUGUGCGUCUGCAAUGACAGCUGGCAAGGCCCAGACUGCUCUCUAACUGUACCUUCCACUGAGUCCUUCUGGGUUCUACCAAGCGUCAAGCCGUUUGGCACAUCACUCGGCAGAGCUUCCCAUAAGGCUGUGGUGCAAGAAAAGGUCAUGUGGGUGGUGGGCGGAUACACCUUCAACUACAGCUCCUUCCAGAUGAUUCUCAACUACAACCUGGAGAGUGGCAUCUGGAACACAGUUCCCAUCAAUAGUGGCCCUGUGCCAAGAUACGGCCACUCACUUGCUGCCUACCAGGAUGAUAUAUAUAUGUUUGGUGGUAAACUGGAGGCGGGCUGGGCAAACGUGACAGACGAGCUGUGGGUGUUCAACAUGCCAAGUCGGACGUGGCAGCGGAGAAACCCCGUGGUUGGCCCACCGGCCCAGAUUUACGCUGUGGAGGGUCACUCGGCCCACUGCGUCUUGCUAGAGGAGGGCGAGGCCAUUAUGCUGGUGAUUUUUGGCUACUCCCCCAUCUACAGCUACGUCAGCAACGUUCAGGAGUAUAGCCUGAUGUCCAACACGUGGCUGGUGCCUGAGACCAAAGGUGCCGUUCCCCAGGGAGGUUACGGCCAUAGCAGCACGUAUGACAGUGCCAGUGGUAGUGUGUAUAUUCAUGGAGGUUAUAAGGCACUGCCUGCCAACAAGUAUGGCCUUGUUGAUGACCUUUACCGCUAUGAGGUUAACACCCGGACAUGGUUCAUUUUGAGAGAGAGCAGCUUUCCACGAUACUUGCACUCAGCUGUGCUCCUCAGCGGCACCUUGCUCAUCUUCGGUGGCAACACACACAACGACACAUCACUCAGCAACGGGGCCAAGUGUUUCUCUGCUGACUUCCUUGCUUAUGACAUCGCUUGUGAUGAGUGGAGGCUCCUGCCUAAACCAGACCUGCACAGGGAUGCCAACCGCUUUGGUCACUCUGCUGUGGUCAGCAAUGGGUCCAUGUAUUUGUUUGGGGGCUUCUCUGGCGUGCUGCUCAACGAUGUGCUUGUUUACCGACCCCCCAGCUGCCAGGCCUUCCUGGCAGAGGAAGGGUGUGUAAAGGCUGGGCCGGGGGUGCGCUGCAUCUGGAGUACAGGCCGCUGUCUUCCCUGGGAACCCAGCAUGGUUAAUGGAAGCCUCACUCCUGCCUCAUUCUGCCCCCCUAAACCUGUCACAGUGGACGAGCGGUGCUACCGGUUCUCAGACUGUGCCAGCUGUACAGCCAACACCAACGGGUGCCAGUGGUGUGAUGACAAGAAAUGCAUCUCUGCCUCCAGCAACUGUACCUCUAACGUGAGAAACUUCACGGAGUGUCCAAUGCGGAACGAGCAUGUGUGCAGCAAGCUUGCCAACUGCAAGAGCUGCUCGCUGAAUCUCAACUGUCAGUGGGACCAGAAUCAGUCAGAGUGCCACGCUUUGCCUGCCCAGCAGUGCAGUGAGGGAUGGAGCCAGGUGGGGGAGGCGUGUCUGAGGAUCAACUCCAGCCGCGAGAGUUAUGACAAUGCCCAACACUACUGCAAGAACCUCAAUGGAAACAUUGCCUCACUCACCACCUCCAAACAAGUUGACUUUGUGCUUGAGGAACUAAAGAAGCUCCAGCAACAAGACAAGCGGCUGUCUCCCUGGGUGGGCCUGAGAAAAAUCAACGUGUCGUACUGGGGUUGGGAGGACAUGUCUCCCUUCACCAACGGCAGCCUGCGCUGGCUGCCCGGUGAGCCCAGUGACUCUGGUUUCUGUGCCUACCUGGAGGAGCCUCAGGUGUCAGGCCUAAGGGCCAAUCCAUGCACUGCCACUGCCCAUGGCCUCAUCUGUGAAAAAGCUACCGGAAACCCCAACCAGAGUUCCCGUCCAUCCUGUAAGAAGCCUUGCUCGUUGCACGCCAAUUGUGCCAACUGUACCAGCCAGGCCAUGGAGUGUAUGUGGUGCGGCAGUGCGCAGCGCUGUGUCGACUCAACUGCCUAUGUUAUCUCUUUCCCCUAUGGCCAGUGUCUGGAGUGGCAGACUGGUGAUUGUGUGGCCCAGAACUGUACAGGCCUGCGGACAUGUGCCCAAUGCUUGGAGCAGCCUGAGUGUGGCUGGUGUGGAGAUCCCAGCAGCACAGGGAAGGGCCUGUGCAUGGAGGGCUCUUACCGGGGGCCGAUGAAAAGACUGGCGAAGCAGGGCCAGCAGGUCCAGUCCCAGGACAUGAUCCUGGAGCCGGGCAUCUGCCCCAAAGACAAGGGCUACGAGUGGGCCUUCAUUCACUGCCCUGCAUGCCAGUGUAAUGGCCACAGUACGUGUGUGAACGGCAGUGUGUGCGAACAGUGCCGUAACCUCACCACUGGUCCUCACUGCCAGACCUGCAUGCCGGGUUACCAUGGAGACCCAACCAAUGGCGGCAAAUGCCAGGCCUGUAAGUGUAAUGGUCAUGCAAGUGUGUGCCAGGUGUUAACUGGCAAGUGCUUCUGUACCACCAAGGGGAUCAAAGGAGACCAGUGCCAGCUAUGUGACUCAGAAAACCGUUACCUUGGCAAUCCACUCAGAGGAACCUGUUACUACAAUCUCCUGAUCGACUACCAGUUCACCUUCAGUCUCAUCCAGGAAGAUGAUAAUCACUACACUGCCAUCAACUUCAUGGCCUCACCUGAGCAGGCUAACAAGAACUUGGACAUGUCCAUUAAUGCAUCCAACAACUUUAACCUCAACAUCACGUGGUCGGUGGGAUCAACAGCUGGAACCAUCUCUGGAGAGGAGGUGCCCAUUGUAUCCAAAACUAACAUCAAGGAAUACAGAGACAGUUUCUCCUGUGAGAAGUUCACCUUUCGAAGCAACCCCAAUAUUACCUUUUAUGUCUACGUCAGUAACUUCUCAUGGCCUAUCAAGAUUCAGAUUGCCUUCUCCCAACACAACAGUAUCAUGGAUCUGGUCCAGUUCUUUGUCACAUUUUUCAGUUGCUUUCUAUCACUACUCCUGGUGGCUGCAGUGGUGUGGAAGAUCAAACAGACCUGCUGGGCUUCACGACGGAGAGAACAACUGAUGAGAGAGCGUCAGCAGAUGGCCAGUCGUCCAUUUGCCUCAGUUGCGCUCGCACUGGACGCCAGGGGAGAGGAAACGCAACUGUUGCAACCUGUGGUUGAAGGUGCACCUAAACCUGUAGCGAUUGAGCCGUGUUCAGGAGGGAAAGCUGCUGUGUUGACCGUCCUCAUGCGUCUGCCCUCUGGGCUCUCAGACUUACCUCCCCCAGGACAGUCAGGACUCAUCGUUGCCAGUGCGCUGAUAGACAUUUCACAGCAGAAACCAACAGAUUUUAAGGACAAAUCCCAGGGUUUAAAGAACCGAAAAGCCCUGUUUCCAGCACACCAAGGCACCUGUGUCUGAUUCUCUACCUGUCAGUCCUGUUAGGUCCCCCUUUUACACCAUCUGAGGUCAUAUUGUUUCAGUAUGGUGCAGGUCCCAGUUGGAGGCCUUUCCACAGAAAAAGACAUUGUUACAUGUAGAAGAUUACAUUUGGCUGCUACCACUCCACCACCGAGUGUCCACUGAAAAUUGCAGAGUCCACAAGAGCACAACCUUGCUUACCUUUCCUGUCCCUUUGCUCUAAUCUGCACACGUCAACCUCUGGUCACAUGACUCUUUCUCCAAUCUCUGAAACAACCUUUCCUCCACCUACUGGGCCCAAAAUCGCCACUUCCCUUCCGCUUGGGCAGUUAUCACGGCAAAACCGCGGCUGCGUGUUGUCUGCGCUAAGAGGGAACCCGCCUGAUCAGUGACAUCAGAGACUGAUUUAAUGAAGGGGACCUGCACCUAUUGUAUUGGACCUUUGGUCGGGACCAUUUUGUGACGUCUCAUCGUCCAUUUGCUCAGCAUGAGGGAAAAGCAAAGGUGUCUGUACCUUAGGGUAUCAACGUUCAAUUGAUCACAUCAAGUUGGAAAUAUAAGAGAUGAUU